AGAGAGAGAGAGAGAGAGAGAGAGAGAGAGAGAGAGAGAGAGAGAGAUGGUCUGUGGGAUAGGGAAAGAGUAGAAGGAAUCGUUCUGAAGGGUUUGCGUUGCUUUUACAGGCGCGCCUGAAGUCAUGCAGUCCUCAGAAUCGCCUUCCUGUCAACCGGAUUCAUUAUGCUCCAACAACAGUUUCUUGUUCAGUGAUGAUGAGACAAAAGUUUACCUGUUGGAGGACAGGGACAGGCCACAUGGGGCCCGUUCGUCUCAGUCCAGUCUUUCUAACAGAAGUGUUUACAGUAUGAAUGGAGAGCAGGAGCGUCCUGGAUCUCAGUGGGCGUGUGAUGGAUUCAGUGGCCCUGAGAGGACACAGGGCAACAGUCACGCUAGGUCAGCAUCUUCGUCCUCCUCGUCUUCAUCUGGAUUAGGAUGUAGCAUCUCUGAGAGUGAGCGAGGGAAGAAUGGAGGAACUGAAGGAGACCUGCUGUUUGCUCGUAAGUGUUUUGAGCUCCAGGGUUUUGUUCGGCCUUUGCUGGAGCUUCUAAAUGGACUGAAGAAAGGAAGAUUUGACAAAGGUCUGAGCAGUUUUCAGCAGAGUGUUGCAAUGGACAGAAUUCAGAGGAUUGUGGGAGUGCUGCAGAAACCACAUAUUGGAGAGAAGUACUUGCCUACUUUGCUGCAGAUAGAGGGAAUGCUAAAGCUUUGGUUCCCUCAAGUGACUGCUCAAGAUUCUGUGACACCUAACCCUGCUGACUUUUCACUUCGAAACAUUUCCACCCUUGGCAAAAGCAAUACCACUCCUCCACACAAGCACAAAGACCAAUUACAUAUUCCAGUCAAGAAGCGAAGAUUGAGCUGGUCAGACACAGACUCACCCUCCUCUUCUCCUCCUGUGGUGUGUAAGCGCACCAAAUGUUGUGAAGAGGACCCCUCUUCAGGGACCCCUUCCCUUUCCUCACACAUGAACCAAUCAGACAAGCGAGUUAGUGAAACCCUGGAGCACAAGGUCAUCCGGUGGUCAGGUUCAAGGCUGACAUGGGUGCACAUUGCUCCAAUCUUCUCCCCACCUAAAUCUGGUCCCUCUCAUGAAGGUGGAAUGGCUAAUGAUAGAGAGAGCGGCAGAGUCCUCCUUCCAGUUUCCCCUCUCACCAGCAGGAGCAGUCCAGCCACGCAGGACAGCUUCAUCUCUUCCACCACAUCUUUUUCAGAGCCAGAUGGAUGCCAAUGCCAGUCUGUGAAUUUAGAGACAAGAAGUCCAUUGCAGGAAUACACCCAGAUCCCACAAAUCACAACAAAGCCUUCAAACUUAGAAGAGCAAAGCCCUUUGCAAACCUGAUGCAGAAAAACCAAGCACAACCAACCGGAUGGGAUGUUGAAUUGGUUGUCUAUUACAGUGAUUGAAAAAGUAUUUGUAAAGAAUAAGUUUAAACUCAACAUAUAAGAUUUUUUUUAAUUGAUUGGGUUGAAAAUUGGCUGUUUUUGAAUUAGAAAUGACUAUGAGAGUAUCUAAAUUAAAGGUGACGUGUGUGAAUUUGGUGUCACUGCCAUCACCAAAUAGAACUGCAAAAAUAAUCAUUUAAAAAAGGUUUUCAAACACUCCCCCAUCAGGAAUUGGUCAGCCAAACAGAAAGCCUUGCUCAAAAAUCAAGGUAUUGGUUGAGCCAGUGUUGUGCUGGACAGGAUACUCAAACAGUGUUUGCAUGAUAAUAUUCUAACAUCCAAAAAAUUACACAGUUCACCUUUAAGGAAAUUUUAAAUCAUGCAGAUGUUCAUUGACUUCUGGAGUGUGUGUUUAAAUCUGAGGAAAAGAUGUUGAAUUUGCUUUCCUAACAUGAGAUCAAAUUAAAAUGAGAGAACAAUAAUUUUAAUAGAAGGAUAACACAAGGUCAAGCCAGCGGUAGAACUUAAUAGAAAUCAGAUGGCAUAGAAUAAAAGGGUUAGUUUUUACUAUAAAUGUGUUGUUUUCUCAAAUUACUACUGAGAUUAUUGGAAUUAUAUUUGUGUUAAUUACCAUUUGAAAAAGUUGCCAGUAAAACAACACAGUUGUAGCAUGACAAGCCCUUUUUAUAAUUCGGAGGAAAAAUGUAGCAGGAUCAUAACUGACUUUUUAAUAUCUGAUAUUUUAUGAAUUUAUGAGUGGAUUGUAAAAGAAGUUGUGAGAGUUUUUUAACUGCAUCUUAUAAGUGUGUGUGUGUGUGUGUGUGUGUGUGUGUGUGUGUGUGUGUGUGUGUGUGUGUGUGUGUGUGUGUGUUUGGUGGGGGUUUUAAAUGUAAAUCAAACCACAUUAUUUGCUAUAGAAUCUGUGACAACUGCUUGAACUGAAAAAAGUACCCACAACUAAUAUAUACAUAAGUGAUGAUAUCUCAACCUGAUAUAAUGUAGGAAAUUAUGUAAUACCCAGAUUGAAAGAGAAAAGAAAGUUUCCAGAGUCUGAGUCUGCUUGAUUGAAAUAUUGUGUAAAGUGCACUGAAGUAGGCUUUUGGAAAACCUCCUGCUCCUCCUGUCAGAUGUGAAUUUAGGUGCUUGAAUGAGGCUGUGCAGUUAUAUGAGACGUCCUAUUAAACAAGGGUCAGAAGUCUAUGCCAACUUUUAUUUAUUCAAUUGUUGAUUUCAAUAUUUAUUUAUAUUUAUUUGUAUUUAUCCAUAUGGCAGCUGAGGUAAUUAGAGCUUGAUCAAUCAUGGAAUAUUUUUCUGUGUGGAUAUAGUAGAGGAAAAAAUGAAGCAAUUCUGAUACUGGGAAACCUGUGCCUUUUUUCUAAAAAGGAUAUUCAUAUUCAUACUUGUCUUUGUUGAUUGUGUAUUUUUAUCAAAUGGUAGAAAACACAAAAUCUUAAAAUGUUCUUAUGCACAAGUUUAUUCAUGAGAAAACUGCCUUUGGACACAAAGUAUCAAUUUACCACUAAAAUCACAGUGAAUUACAGUAACCAAUAACAAAUAUGUCAGUAAAUUGGUUAUCAUAGCAACAUUCAAAGUGGUGCUGUAUUUUACAUUUAUAUUUAAUAAUUUCAUUGCACUCAUUUUUAAUCCAGAAACAACCGAAUUUCGGGGAUCAUUAUGUUGGGAGCUGAUGAAUUAUAAUGUUGAAUUGCACUUGUGCAUCAAUUAAUGGGACAACAAUUGCAUCAACGUCACAUGCUGCUAAAUCACCGAUUUUUUACAAGAGAUUUUAAUUGCUUAAUGUCCAGCUGCCCUAUAGCUAUAGAAAUUUUUUCCAUGAUAAAAAAUUAGAACUGAUAACUGCAUCACAUUUAUUAUAUGUAAUUUACUUUUUAUGUAAUGAUUUUGUAGAAGUUGCACUUUUUUAUUUUGUCAUGUUUUAUAUUGUACAGGUUAUUUAAGACAAAGACCAAGAGCAUAAAGGUUCAUAAAGGAUGUAUAUUGGUUGUUAAAUCUGUAUUUUUAAAUAACUGUUAUACCAUGCAAUCUACACACUGGAAUCUGUCUGCUGUCUGUCCUUCUUUCCAGUCACGUUGUCUUUCACCUGUUUUUCCCUUCUUCAUCCCUUAUUUACUUUUCUCUAUUUUUUCUACUUUUUACUGUUAUUCAUGCUUUUUAUAACGAAGACAAACCUUUUAAUAAAUAAUGCAUUUUGGAAAGUA